CCCCGGCUGCUCGCGGUGCGACGGCUCAGACGGCUCAGACGCGCCGCGAGGGCCGACGGCGCCGUUCAAACCGAAUCGGACCUCGCGCGAGAGAUGGACCUACGCGUCCGCCUCGGGGAGCUCGAGUCGCGGCUCGAGGCGACCAGACGAAUGCGGGGGGUGGACCUUCGCGAGAACGACGGCGCGCGGGACGAGUCGUGGCUCGAGGACGCGCGAAAUCGCUCGGAGCCCGCGGGAAAGGAGCGCAAAGGAGUCGACGAUUUUAACGACGACGACAACGACGAAGCGGAGGAUGAGAGCAACCCGUGGUUCGCGCCGCCCUCGCCCGACGCGGAGGGGAGCCGGCUCGGCGCGAUGCCCGCCGCCCCAACAUCUUCGAAUGACGACGACGACACAGCUGGCGGGGGGUCCCGUCGCGUCCCAACCGACGGGAACGAAUCCGACACAGGGACACAGGUUACGUCCGCUCUCCGCGAGCUCGAGGCGCGCGAGCUCGAGGAACGCGAGGUCCUCGGUUCGAAUCCGCAGUCCGCCGAACGUCGCAGACGUCUCGAGCGCGAGGAGGCGCGCGAGUUACGCGAGCUCCUGCGCAGGCAGGAGGAACGGCGUCGUCGUCGUCGGCGGCGGUUGGAGCGAAGAGGCGAGAAGGUUGCGGAUUUUCUGCCGCUGUUCGCCGCGGCGGCGCUGUUGGGGGGCGCGGGGAGGCUCGUGCGCGGCGUCUUUUUCGGCAAGAAGCCGGGCCGUAGGUAGCACUAGGCUAGGAUGACGCGAAGAUGUCGCGGUGUUUUACACGGCGAUCGCCGAGCUACGUUC